AUGCUGACUCUGCUAUCCCUCGUUCUCGUUCUGGCCCUCGGGCUUUUGCAGCCCACGCCAGUAUGCGCGCUGACCGGCCAGCAGAUUGCCUUUGCUCUGCAGGCUGAGCUGUCGUCUGGAAGUGAGGUCGUCUUGACCUCGAAUACCUCUGCGUAUCCUGCCAAAAACUUCACUCCUCGCUACAACAUCGCCACUCCUCCGACAUAUACCGUAGCCGUGAAGCCGGCACUCGCGGUUGACGUGCAAAAAGUGGUGCAAUAUGCCCUGCAUAACAACGCCUCUUUUCUCGCUACCGGUAGUGGUCAUGGUUACUCGACGUCGCUGGAUAGGCUGCAAGCUGGAAUUGACCUUGAUCUGGGAUUUUUCAACUCAAUUGAGAUUGACACAGUGGCCAAAACGAUGACGAUUGGCGGCUCGGUGAGCUCGAAUGACCUUGCCAGUGCGCUGCAAGCCGCGGGCAUGGAGGCCACCCUCGGCCAAUGUGGCUGCAUUGGGUACCCUGGUGCCUCUCUCGGUGGCGGCAUCGGUCCCUACUCUGGCCUCUACGGGCCCAUGUCCGACUCUCUACUCUCUGCUGAAAUAAUCACCGGACGCGGCCAACUCCUGAACGUGUCCAGCACGCAACACCCAGACCUAUUCUACGGCCUCAAAGGCGCCGGGUUCAACUUCGGCGUCGCCACCUCUCUCACCUACAGAAUCUACCCGGCCACCAAUGGUGGCAACGCCAUGCUCGCGCAAAUGAUCUUCCCUGGUGCACUGAACCAGUCCGUAUGGCAGAUCGUCAGCAACUUCACAGCCUCCAACCAGCCAAAGGAACUCGCCAUCGGCCUCGACGCCCGCUACGUUGCUGCUAUGGGGGGUAUGGUCGUCAUGGCCAAUUUCAUCUACAUUGGCCCACAGUCUGCCGGCAUGAAGGUUAUUCAGCCUUUCCUCGACCUGAAACCAGCCAACCUGAACAUCUCGACUGUCGCAUGGGCCGAUAUUCCGUUUAAAGCAUUUUACGGCGGUAUCGCAGAGGGUGGUUGUACUGCUGGUGCGUAUUAUGUUCCGCACUCGCUUAAUCUCUACCAGAUAGACGUGCCGAAUCUGGUGGAGGUGUUUAAUUACAUGAACAAGACGCUGGCUACCAACGAGGUACUGCAGGGUGUAGCUAUUGCCAUGCAGCAGUACGCUCAGUACGGCUUUCAGCUGCAGGACGCCAAAACAUCAGCAUGGCCGUACCGUGACGUGGUGUCUUUUGUCCAAAUCGACGGCGUGGCCACAAACCCAUCGCAGCUCCCCGCUGUAGGAAAAUAUGGGCGCAAGAUUCGAGACAGGUUGCACCAUGGCAGCGGACGAAAAGAUUUGCAGACCUACGUGCAUUUUGCGAAUGGUAACGAGUCGCCGGCGGCGUUGUAUUCGGCGGCUAAACUGCCUGGUCUUCGGGCGCUGAAGAGGGAGUAUGACCCAGCGAGGUUGUUCUCGUGGUAUAAUCCUAUAUAA